AUGCGUGAUUUCUUCAUGGUUAUGCCAGAGUAUUUCCUGAAAUACAAUCUUAGUGUUCUGUACAAACGUGAUCAGAGACUAACGUGCAUGUCUGCAUUGCAAUAUACCAAGGAAUCAUUUAUGCUUUUGUGUGAAAACUAUGGCCCCCACGAUAAGGAAACGAAGCACCCACCUGCUUCCGCCUUUGCAUCCACACUGACAGCGAUUUAUUCAGCGAGGGCACAGAUGAACCAGAUGCCACCUGCUCCCGUCUCCCUGGGUAUACUUGCUGCUACUGUGGACGUGAAUGAUUAUGGUUCCAGCAGCGCAACGGAGACACUGGUUCUAAACACAAGGCUUAUAACAGAGCGAUAUCCUUCAAAGCAAGAGUAUAAAUCUGGCAUCCUUGCAGUCCUUCCCUGGACUGCAGACAUCCUAGAACAUGAAUCCUCUGAGUAUUUUGGUAACGAAUCAUUAGUCAUUGAAACUCCGCGGUGCUCCGUGCUGGUCCUGGUGUGCGUGGUGUCCGCCGGCCCACAAGGAUACGGUGCCGGAGGCGACGGCGGCCUGGGAGUCGAUCUCGGCGGCACAGGAGGCCACGGCGGCAGCGGCACAGGAGGCGGUAGUGUGCUUCCUUUCAUCUUCGUCGGCAAGGGUGUGCUUCCUGAAAGUGCCAUCGGCGGUGUAGGUGGUGGUGCUUCUGGUGGCGCUGCUGGAGGAGUCAUUGGUGGGGAAUACAGCGCUCCAAGUGCUGGUGCUGCCGGAGGCGUUGACGUUGGAGUUGCUGGAGGCUUCGAUGGUGGUGUUGCUGGAGGAGCGGCUGAUGUUGCCAUCGGCGAGGAGUACACCGCCCCGGCUGUAGUCCCCGAAGUCUCUCCUGUCAGCCCCCCAGGCAGCGAAUAUGCUGCACCACACUAA